AUGUCGGGAUUUGUCGAAUAUUGGAUCGUCUCCUCCAUCUGGCAUUUCCACCCGAGAAACUCGCAAGCGUGGCUCAGCGCGGUAAGAGGACGUGAUCACGCCAUUGGUCAAUUCUCCAUCUUCGGGGCCCAAUUUUCCUCCGAACAAAUACCGGCCGCGAUGCUGAUUGAGUGGACCAUGGCUUUAAUGGAGAUCGUGGGCUUCGGAUGCGCAUGA